AUGUGCGGCGACAGCAGCUGUGACUACCUACUGGAUCCUCCGACUUACCGCGAUUUUCUCAACGCCUACCUCCUUCCGAAUAGACCUGUGAUCAUAGGCCCUUCCCUGGUAUCGUCAUGGAAAGCGCUUCGAGUGUGGGUUAUUCGUGACAGGGAAUACUCGUUAUCCGCGGCCUCCGGUUUGCAGGCAGGUUCCAAGAGUACGGCUCGAACACGUAUUGACUGGGACUACCUGUCGCGCGAGUACGGUGACUGUGAAGUUAUCGUAGCCGAUUGCUCUACUCGCGAGUUCAGCGACCAGAAGCGAGAGAUGAUGCCCUUCCGCGAGGUGGUCGAUCUAUGGAAGUGCGGGAAUGGAACCUCGCUGUACGUAAAGGACUGGCACCUCGCCAGAACCCUCCACCGAAUGCAUGCAGCCGAAAAUUGCGAAACUUCCCUGCAGACGUUCUACACCAUCCCGGAGGUUUUCCAGGACGACUGGAUGAAUUCGUACUAUUCCGCCUGUACGGAGGAUGACUUCCGUUUCGUUUACGUCGGUGCGGCCGGUACAUUCACACCGCUCCAUCGCGACGUGUACGCGUCGUACUCCUGGUCUACGAAUGUUUGUGGUCGCAAACGCUGGUGGCUUUUUCCGCCGGGACAGACACCCUAUCUACUCCGGAAAGGAGGCGAGGAGCAUAUGGAAACGGCGUAUGAUGUUCGAGACGUCGACAAGGAUGUCUUUCCGCAUUUUUCCCAAGCGCAUCCAAUCGUAAUUGAGCAGAACGGUGGUGAAACCAUCUUCGUGCCAAGCGGCUGGUAUCAUCAGGUAGAGAAUCUGACGGACUGUAUCUCCAUCAAUCACAACUGGUGCAAUUCGGUCAAUCUGCCAUCGCUCUACACUUCUAUGUGUGCCAAAGUGACUGAAGUAGAACAUGCGCUCGAAGACGUUCGCGAACUCCUCGAGCAUAACGCAGUUAGAGAUGAGGAAGACGAUGCACCGGAGCGCGAGUGGAUCCGCAUCGUGCAGGACGUCGUCGAGAAAGAUGCGGGAUGGAAUUGGAUGACAUUCUGGCGCAUGGUGCUGCACGCGCUGAGGGCCUCGACUGGCCAUCCAAGUCCUGAGACAUCUUCAAUGUGGAAGAUUGCUUCUGCCGAUCUCACCCCUCCACUCGAAUUUGUGAAACAGCGCAUCAAACAUUGUUAUGAUGACUUCUUACUUCGGGAUCGGCGCGAAUCAGUGCUGAUGCAGGGGUUGGAUGAAGUCACUUCGAUGUUGUUCCAAUACUUUUCGUUACCGUUACUGAAUGGCUUUGCUGUGACACAGCUUGUGAACUAG